UUAGCAUUUACGUCGACGUCUGCCUCACUUCAUCUCGAAUUGACAUUUCUUACCAAGAAUCACAGACUACGCAAUAAUCGGAAAGAGCCAUCAGCACAGUACUCGCCAUGUUCGGCUACAGGGGACGCGGGGGGCCUUCACGAGGCACUCCUGCCAGCGUUCAGUGUCAAAAAUGUUUAAAACGAGGCCACUACUCGUACGAGUGCAAGGCAUCUGCACAGGAAAGACCUUACGUUUCGCGGCCAUCUCGCUCACAGCAGUUGCGAAACCCCAAGCUAGCACCGAAGCUUGAGAGUGACAAGCUUGAAGUGUUGGAGAAAAAAAAAGGCAUCGCGGAUGAGGAGAUUGCAAAGCUGGAGGCUGAAAGGGCGAGAAAGCGUGAGUUGGAGGACCGGGACGAUGACAUGCUGCGCUCUGCACCCAAGAGGCAACGCUCGCGCUCGGCAUCUUCAGAAUCUGUCUCGACUAUAUCAACCAGGAGUUCAAGGAGCCCGCGCCGCAGAAGCCCGUCAGACUCGCGAUCCAGAUCACCGUCUCCGCGCCGUGGUGAAGGGGUGGAGCAUCGGCCCAAUCGCAGCAUGUCCCCCGUCCCUGGGCGACAGAGACCGUCCUUGAGGGAUAGCAGGUCUCCGCCACGGCAGCCCGCGGAGAACUAUCGCUCCCGAGAUGACUCGCCACCUCGAAGAUAUGACGGCAACAGGACCUCGCGCCGAGAACGAAGGUUCUCUUCCGUGUCCAAGGGAUCCAGAGAUUCGCGGCCCCGUCACAGAGAUACAUCAAGGUCGCCAGAUGCCAACAGGCCGCGCCACCGCGGGGACGAACGCGCGUCUGAACCGCAGAGAGAUAGUCGGGCUGCUCUCCAGGACCCGGGACAGCCGCGGGAGCGUAGCCUGAGCCCCUUCAGCAAACGUUUAGCAUUGACCCGGUCCAGGGCUCCGUGAGGGUAGACGUCGUGCCGGUAUAGGUCGUGGGACGGUGCGCGGUGGUGCU